AUGUCGUUGGGAGAGUAUGAGUUCAACUGUCUGGACGACGCCUUGAACUCCUGGCAUUGUGUCAGUAUGCCUGAGUCCAUGUUCCGGAAGACGGUGCUCGGAAAGGCAGCUGCCGAUCCGGCUGCCGCCCUCGAAGCCAAGCAGAAGGCGGCCCUGCGACGGCUGGAUCGCGUCACUGGUUCCUAUGAGUACACUGUCACCGUGCGAAAGUCGCAGUUCGUUCCUCCAAAGAGCCAUCGCCGCCACGCUGGGCCGAUAAGUCCUCAGGCCGUUCAGCUUGAAAAGCUCGUGGUGGAUGUCGUGCCAGAGAUGGAGGGCUACAGGCUACGCGUUGAGUACGUUGGGGAUGGUCUGGUCGCUGCAUGGAACCGUGCCAACCCAUGCUUCGCCGUCCGUCCCGGGGACUACAUUGUCAAGGUGGAUGCCUGGCCGGCCUGUUCGUUUUUGGGGUGGCCGCGGCGAGGGCUGAUGAUGAUGAUGAUGAUCAUCAUCAUCAUCAUCAUCCCCAUCAUGGUGGGUUUCCUAAUGCCGUUGCAGCCGUGGCAGCAUUGA